AUGCCUGCCGCCAAUACGGGUGCGAAGUUCAGUAACGAAGAAGAGCUUCUUCUGCAGGACUUCAGCCGGCUGUACUGGAGGAUCCACAUGAUGGACCUCUACUCCUCCAUCCCCAUCUUCCUCAUCAUCACACUGGCCUCAACCUACCUGGUGGCCAUGGCAUACAAAAACACCAAGUUCAUCUUGAAGCAUAAGAUCGCCGUGAAACGCGAGGAGGCCGUCACUCGGGAGAUGCAGAAGAAGCUGGCCGAGGACAAGAAGAUGAGCAAGAAGGAGAAGGACGAGCGCACGCUGUGGAAGAAGAACGAGGUGGCCGACUACGAGGCCACCACCUUCUCAAUCUUCUACAACAACGCCCUCUUCCUGGCCAUCGUCAUCGUGGCCUCGUUCUACGUGCUGCGCUCGUUCGCGCCCACCUUUAACUAUGUGCUCUCGGUGGGCUCGGGGGCCGGCCUGCUAUGGCUGUUCUCCACGGGCACCAAGUAG